GAAGAACCAAAAAAGCACCCGCACUUUCCACAAGCAGGUGCGAAGCUUCGUUUUCGAACUCGCUAGGGUUUCUCAAUCUCUCUCUCUCUCUCUCUCUUCGACGAUCCAUGGAGACCUCUCUGAGAUUGGGUGGGGAUUCGAAAACCCUAAGGAUCCACGCCAAGGAGAAGCUCCGCUUGGGCCCCCAAACCCUUUUGCAGGCUCACGGGGAAAUAGAUACGUGCGCUGGGGCUCCAAGUUAUCUUGCUCUGCUCAUAAGGCAGUUUUAUCCUCAGCUAUCAGCGAACGUAGAUGUAGGCGUUCAGCUUGAUAAAGGUGGUGAUAUCAAUUACAGCCUUCGAGGGAAGAAGGCAUUGUCAAUCACAUCAAAUGGUCUAGUAGGCAUCAACAUUAAAGGGAGGUUGGUCACAGACAAAGAAUUUAUGCCGGGUAAGAAAAGCAGCGCUGUCGAAUUGUCUUGGAGCAUACUCAAUUUUCAGAAGGAUCAAGACGUGAGGAUCAAAGUUGGUUAUGAAUUAUUUGACAAGGUACCAUACCUCCAAAUUAGGGAAAAUAACUGGACCCUCAAUACUCAUAUGAAUGGUAAGUGGAAUGUAAGAUUUGAUUUAUGAUCAACUUCUUAAAUCUCAACCACACAUUCAAAGACAUUGUUGAUUUCUUGCUGUAAUUGACAUGAAGCUCUGUUUAGAGAAACAUUCAAUGAAGCUCUUUUGUUCAUCUACAUCUUAAAUUCUUUAAAUAUUUUCAAUGCUUA